AUGGAGUUAGAAAUAUAUGAUGAUAGCGAUAGGAACAUCUGGGAUGACGAGAAAUAUGACCGCUUUGACAGGUCUAUGGCAGAUCUCAAACGGUUCUUGACCAAGUGGAUAAUUGAGACAUGCAAGCUAGAUGCAUGUAUGCACUUGUUUCUAGUUGAGCUCAACGACAUUCGCAGGAGUGCCAAAGGCCAUCCUAAGCUUCUGGAUUUCACCGAAUUCGAAGACAACCACCGGAUGAGAUUGCACCGCGCAUCAGUGAAGCUGGAAGACGAUAUUAAUUGCCUCAUUCCGGGGUUUUGGGAUAGCAAGACUGAGUGCAAUAUCCUGGAUCAGGAAAAGAUGAGGGAAAAGCUCCAGCAACGUUGGACGCAGCUCAAUGGCUCCACGUCUCUCACAAGUCUUCUCAAUGCUGCCGUCUCCAAAUACCGUCGACAGACUGAGGAUACAAGACAGCAUUCAGAGCCUCCUAAGUUAUGCCAAGUCGCGUUUGAAAAGGCUUGUCACCAGUUAAAGGGUUCUGUCUCUGGUGAAAAGGCAUCGGCAACUUUUGCCUGUGGAGGGACAAUAUCGAUUGGAGACAAGCCAUCUCCGGCCAUUCACCGAGUAUCACCGCCCGUUCGUAUUGCUUGGACUGCUAAAGAUGAUUCCGAGGAGCGAAAGAUUGUUUUAUCACUCAGUGAUUCUCCUAGUGCUGGUGUUGAUAAACUUCUCCAAUUGGUUUCAGACUGCGAAGCCGCCAGUUUUGGUAUGGGAGAACAAGAUAUCAUUGAUCCUAAAUAUCGAAAAGCCGGAAAGCUCGAUCCACAUCGGUUCUUAAGCAGCCUUUAUCCGGCCGAUUUUAGAGUGCUUGAUGAUAUGGAGCAAUUUCUAUUGCCAAACUUCAAUAGUGAGGUGGAAAAUAAACUCCCUUUUCGAAGGCUCAGCACGGAGCUCUACAAACUCAAUAUCUAUUCUGGGCCAGAUGGUGUUUUUCGAAAGCAUGUUGAUACCCCUCGCUCUGAUUCUCAAAUUGGCUCUCUUGUUGUUUGUUUACCAUCCGUGUUCAAAGGCGGCAAGCUAAUUGUUCGGCAUAAUAAUACCAUUACUGAGUUUGAUUGGAGCUCUCAUAGCUCCUCGGAAAUCCAAUGGGCUGCAUUUUACAGCGACUGUGAGCAUGAGAUCAGCAAAGUCACUGAGGGCAAUCGAAUCAUUUUGACAUACAACCUCUAUGUUGCUAACUCGGGCUGCGGAUCUCUUCCUCGCAACGUUAAUGUCGACCCCCGAACACUACCCUUAUAUAGAUCCUUGAAGGAUGCUAUAGCCGAGCCCGGCUUCAUGAAGGAUGUUAUUUCAUACACUCUUAAUAUCCCUCGGCCGUAG